AUGGUGGCCCCAUCUCCGUACCGUACCGCAAUCAUUGAUUGUGUCAAAAACGGAAUGACGAAUUCAGAGAUCGUUAAAAAUCUGAAAGUGUCUCGUGUUCUCGUUUUUCGAACUGCACAACGCUAUCGGCGUCUCGGUACUUCAGAUGACAUGCAAAGAAGGGGACGUCCAGUCACCGUCACGACUCCAGAAGCAGUCAAAGCCGUUCGAGAGAAAAUCAGACGCAAUCCGGCAAGAAGCGUGAGAAAGAUGGCAAAAGAAUACGAAAUGAGUCGAGAAUCGAUGAGAACUAUUGUCAAGGACAAGCUGAAGAUGAUCCUACCGUAUGCAGAAAGGAGCCUUCCUCAAUCAAAAAAACAAGACAUUGCGGAUGAAAAAGGCUCGAAAGCUGCUCGCUGGCACGAAAGAUGGCUCGCAUCUGACGACGCUAUCUACCGACGAGAAAAUCUUCACUGUGGAGACGAACAAGAACUGCCAAAACCAUCCGAUCAUCGCUACUGA